AGAACAAAAGAAAAGUUGCGCUGGAUCCCCGACAGAAUUUUUUGGAGUUUCUCCAAUUUUGCCUCAAUAAUGAUUUAUUUUGUGGGAAUUAAGACUCCAAAGAAAUAGAUCUCAGUGUGAGCAGCAGCGAAUUUACUUGAGGGAAUUUAGCUGGAUCAGCUUGUUGCUAGGGAACAUGGAUCUGGGACCAGUGCUGGAUUCUGGCUGUGAUGUGGCUGAAACCGAAACUCACCAGGUUGACCGUAUAUAGAAAGCGCUGGAUGGGAUCAUCUUUGGUGCGUUGGGAACAUGGAUUUUGGACUGCCAUUUAGUUCUGGUGGUAAUGUCACUGAAAUGCAGGAGGUUGACUUACUGAGCGUGAUUGUGAAAGAAGAAGAUAUAAAAGAGGAGGAAUAUGGUCAUAUGAUUUCAUGUCAAGGUGAAGAAGAAAAGCCCUUUGCAGAGCUUCACUGUAAAACUGAAACAGACGUCACAGAGUCCAACGGUACUGACAAUGAAACACAACAGACAGCGCAGAUUGAAGUGAAGAAAGAAGAAGGUGAGCACGAUUCUCGGCUGGAAAGUAUAUCAGAACACCAAAAUUCAACACAGAAGACUCCAGGACAUAAUGAAGAACUCCACAUGCAACAUAAAGGACGUUUCUACCACUGCACAGUCUGCAGGAAGAGUUUCACAGCCCUGAGUGAACUAGAGGAACACCAGCAAACACACACUGUUUACUUGAAUCUAAAGCAGAACACUGCAAGAAGGCCUCAUAAAUGUCCGGAAUGUGGAAAAGCAUUUACAACACGAACACGUCUUGAAGUCCAUAUGAGAAUGCACACCGGAGAGCAACCUUAUAAAUGUGCCCAGUGUGGAAAGGGUUUUUCAUACAGUUCAACUCUUAAAACCCAUAUGCUAAUACACACCGGAGAGAAGCCUCAUAAAUGUGCCCAAUGUGGAAAAGCAUUUGCAAGACCCUCAACUCUUAAAUACCACAUGCUAAUGCACUCUGGAGAAAAGCCUCAUAAAUGUGCCCAGUGUGGAAAAGCUUUUUCGCUAGUUUCAAAUCUUAAACAGCACAUGCUAACACACACUGGAGAGAAGCCUCAUCAAUGUACUCAGUGUGGAAAAGCUUUAAAACAUUCUUCCGCUCUUAAAUGCCAUAUGCUUAUACACACUGGAGAGAAGCCUCAUGAAUGUGCCCAGUGUGGAAAAGCUUUUUCACAAAUUACACAGUUGAAAACUCAUAUGCUAACACACACUGGAAAGAAGCCUCAUGAAUGUGCCCAGUGUGGAAAAGCAUUUGCAAGACCCUUAUCUCUUAAAUACCACAUGCUAAUACACUCUGGAGAAAAGCCUCAUAAAUGUGCCCAGUGUGGAAAAGCUUUUUCGCUAAUUUCAAAUCUUAAACAGCACAUGCUAACACACACUGGAGAGAAGCCUCAUAAAUGUCUUAAUUGUGGAAAAGGUUUUCUACAAGUUUCAUAUCUUAAAAUCCAUAUGCGAAUACACACUGGAGAGAGGCCUUAUAAAUGUGUCCAGUGUGGAAAAGGUUUUUCACAAACUUCACAGUUGAAACUCCAUUUGAUGAUGCACACUGGAGAGAGGCCUCAUAAAUGUGCUCAGUGUGGAAAAGCUUUUCCACUAACUUCUCAGUUAAAUCUCCAUUUGAUGACACACACUGGAGAGAAGCCUCAUAAAUGUGCUCAGUGUGGAAAAGCUUUUGCAAAAAUGUGCAGACUUAACAGCCACAUGCUUACACACACUAAAACACACACUGGACAGAAGCCCCAUAUCUGUGUCAAGUGUGGAAAAGGUUUUUCAAAAAUGUCAUAUCUUAAAAGCCACAUGCUAACACACACUGCUAAGAACCUGCAUAAAUGUGUCCACUGUGGAAUUUUUUUUUUACAGGUUGAACAUCUCAAAUCUCAUAUGCUAACACACACUUCAGAGAAGCCUCAUCAAUCUGCAUUUGAAGAUGCUAAAUGCCAUACGCUAACACACACUGGAGAGAAACAUCAUCAAUCUGCAUUUGAAGAUAGUAAAGACUAUAAGCUAGCACACACUGGAGAUAAGCCACCUCUUUCUGCCCAGUGUGAAAAUGCUCUUGCACACUUCUCCAGUGUUAAGAACGAUAUGCCAGUACACACCGGAAAGAAGUUUCAUAAAUGUGCCCAGUGUGGAAAAGCAUUUCAAAGGCCCUGUGAUGUUAAACGCCACAUGCUAACACACACUGGAGAGAAGCCUCAUAAAUGUGUGCAGUGUGGAAAAUAUUUUUCACAAAUGUCAAAUCUUAAAACCCAUAUGCAAAUACACACUGGUGAGAGGCCUCAUGCAUGUGCUCAGUGUGGAAAAGCUUUUGCGAACAUUAGCAGACUUAACUGUCACAUGCUUACGCACACUAAAACACACACUGGAGAUAAGCCUCAUCAUUCUGUCCAGUGUGGAAAUGCUCUGACAUCUCCAGUCUCCAGUGUUAAAAUGCACAGGCUAGUACACACUGGAGAGAAGUCUCAUAAAUGUGCCCAGUGUGGAAAAGCAUUUCAAAGGUCCAGUGAUCUUAAACGCCACAUGCUAACACACUCUGGAGAGAAGCCUCAUAAAUGUGUGCAGUGUGGAAAAUGUUUUUCACAAGUGUCAACUCUUAAAACCCAUAUGCGAAUACAUACUGGAGAAAGGCCUCAUAAAUGUGUCCAGUGUGGAAAAGGUUUUUCCAAAAUGUCAUAUCUUAAACGCCAUAUGCGAAUGCACACCAGAGAAAGGCCUCAUAAAUGUGUGCAGUGUGGAAAAGAUUUUUCACAAAAUUCACAGUUGAAAACUCAUAUGAUGAAACACACUGGAGAGAAGCCUCACAAAUGUGCUCAGUGUGGAAAAGCUUUUGCACAUCAGUACAUUCUUAAAUACCACAUGCUAAUACACUCUGGAGAGAAGCCUCAUAAAUGUGUCCAGUGUGGAAAAAGUUUUUCACAAAUUUCAAGUCUUAAACCCCAUAUGCUAAUUCACACUGGAGAGAAGCCUCAUCAAUGUGACCAGUGUGGAAAAGCUUUUACACAAGUUUCAAGUCUUAAAUUUCAUAUGAUGAUGCACACUGGCGAGAAGCCCUUUAAAUGUGCCUACUGCGGAAAAGCAUUUCCAAACAUUGCAAGACUCAAUAGUCAUAUGCAAACACACUCUGGAGACAAGCCUCCAGAAUUUUCCAAAUCCAUUGUGACAACACUGGAGAGAAGCCUCAUGAAUGUUCCAAAUCCGUUGUGACGACACACUCUGGAGAGAAGCCUUAUGAAUGCUCCAAAUCCAUUGUGACAACACAUUCUGGAGUGAAGCCUUAUGAAUGUUCCAAUUAAGCAAUAAGCCCCGAGAGGCUGUAGGUUACACAGAUUCUACAACAGCUAAGGGGCGUUAGGCACAACGCGCUAGCAGAGUGCCUAAAACCACCCUUAGCUGUUAUAGAAUCAAUGUAACCUACGGACUCAAGUGGCUUAUUGCUUUUCUAAAACUGUUACUAUAAAUACCUGGCAAAGUUUCGUAAAGUAAAGGCACAGCAACGGCAUCGAAUGCGAUUCAGCCAAUCACAAUCAAGGACCGGAACUAUUAGUUUCAGAAACACGUUUUGACAACACACUCUGGAAAGAAGCCUCAUGAAGGUCCAGUGUGGAGAAAAAACUUUUAUGAAUAUCAAAUCCGGCAGUGGUAGCAUAGUGGCUAAGGAUGCAGUAUCCUGAAAAGUUGUUUGUUCAAUUCCCUUGCGCAAGGCACUAAACCUCGAGUUGCUCUGGGGAGAAUGUAAUACAGUAUAACUGACAUGCAAGUCGCUUUGGGUGAAGUUAGUAGAAGUGUCUACUUUGAAUACAUGCAAAUCCCAAAGAGAGAAACAUUAUAACUGUAUUGCAAAAUGUUUUCCCAUGUUAUUAUCCCCUGCCCCACACACACACACACACACACAACAUAAUACAGAUAUAACAGAUGUGCACUGUGGAUAAGCUUUUUCAAAACAAACAAAAAAAUCUUAAAAACAAAUUAUAAGUACA